AUGCUGCCAAAAACUGAACGCCUGUUUCGUCGGGGCGUUCCGGCCUUGAGUAAUACUACCGAGACCGUGCCUUUGGGCAACAAAGAGAACCUGCCCUCGGGAAACAAAGAACACACCCCUCAGUCCACCCCAAAGGUGGGCCAACCGCCGUUGAGCCCCCGUUCCAUCGAGAGAUGGCUUGAGAACGUGACUCCCCCUGUUUAUGGGUCUCCCAUCAACAGGGUGCGACUCAAAGUCGACAAUAUCGACAUCCACAUCGACAUCUCCAAAAUCUAG